UGUCUUUUCCCCGGUCUGAAACCCAGGUGGCGAAUCUCUGCAUAUCUGGCUGAUAUCUCUCAGUGGAUGUCUGCUCAUCACCUGAAGCUCAACCUCAACAAGACUGAGCUGCUCUUCUUUCCAGGGAAGGCAUCUCCGAUCCAUGACCUCUCCAUUACCAAUGAGAACUCUGUGGUGUCCUCGGCUCAGACUGCGAGGAACCUGGGUGUGACGCUGGAUGACCAGUUGUCCUUCGCUGCCAACAUUGCUGUGACAACCUGCUCCUGCAGAUUCAACAUCAGGAGAAUGCGUCUGUUUGUCACCCAGGAGGCGGGGCGGGUUCUAGUCCAGGCUCUUGUCAUCUCACACCUACACUACUGCAACUCGCUCCUGGCUGGUGUGCCUGCAUGUGCCAUCCGAGCUCAGCACAUCCAGAAUGCAGCAGCUCAGCUGGUCUUCAACUUACCAACCUACCUACUAAGUUCUCCCACACUACACCACUUCUCUGCCCACCCCAGCCCUUCCACUACACUUGCUACUUACUCACUACAAGGGGUGCCCAGCUACUGCUCAACAAAAUCACUACCAUUUGCUGUCCUGGAUCCACAAUGGUGGUAUGAGCUCCCCAUUGACAUCAUGACAGCAGAAACUCUACACAUCUUCUGUCGCAGGCAGUAUGUCAAUUUUUUUUUUUUACAUUUGGAAGCCUGUGCCUCUAAUGCCUGCUUCCUUUUUUUUCAGCCCAUCCUUCCUUCUUGUUGGCCAUCUCACUGCUGCAUGCUAAUUUUGCUCUAUGGGCAGAGCACACAUUUAACUAACUUGGUUGUGAUUGGCCAGUGAGCCCAGUCCCAGAACAUGCACGCAGCAUGGUGCACAUGUGCACCUCAAAUGACAGGCACCUAGAGAGGGCCAGUAAAGAGACGGACAGGGCCGGACAGCCAAUAAAAACUUUUUGACGGUCCACCGGCCCACCGAUGCAGUGGCCCACCGGGAUUUGUCCCAGUAUGCCAGCUGGCCAGUACACCAUUGGCCUCUGGUAUGCCCUAAAACCUAAAUAAUCUUUGAUAUUGGGAUGUGCUAAGUUAUUUAAAACUUUACGAGCAGGUGAAACAGGUUUGAAAACAAUUCUAUAGCUCUUUUAAAACAUUUUAGGAAAUUAUCAGGA